AUGAACCAUCUUCACGACUUUGUAGAUCCAAAUAAGACUUUGGAUGAAAUGACUGAAGAUGAAAAAGCUAGAUUUCUACACCAGCAAAUGCAUGAAAAGCAUAAAGGACAUGAUCAGAUGCAUGCCGAAAUGCUUUUAAUCUUAGUCGUCACUCUGAUCGUAGCACAGUUUGUUCUUUUCGAAUGGAAAAAACGUCACUACAAAUCUUAUCUGCUUGUGAGUUUGCUGGGGCUUUGGUUAAUUCCAGCUGGUAUGUGUGUUAAAAACGGAUGGUGGCGCUUUAUCUUCUUCUGGGUUAUAUUUUCUUUAAUAACUGGAAUUGUGAUGAGAAAAGCUUAUCAAAAACCUAUUACGGGAAACACUCCAAGACUAGUCUAUAAAUGGUUUCUAUUUAUAUAUAAGUUAAGCUAUGGAUUAGGAAUAUUUGGAUACAUUGUUAUGAUGAUGACAUUCUGUGGAAUAAAUUUGAUCUUCAGCGCAACGCCACAAAGCUGGAUGGAUGUGUCACUUCUAUUUAUUUUCUACGGACUCUAUUAUGGUGUUCUAGGCAGAGAUCUCUCAGAGUUAUGCACUGACAAAAUGGCUUGUCAUAUAGGAUACUACAAUGUAGAUGGUAUGCCUACAAAGAGUUUACCUAAAGAUCUGUGCGGACUUUGUGCGCAUAAACUUUUCGUUAGUGAGAAUGAUGUUGGUGUCAUUGAAGAUACUUAUAAAUUAACAUGUGAUCAUAUUUUUCACGAAUUUUGUAUUCGUGGCUGGCUGAUAAUUGGAAAGAAACAAACUUGUCCAUAUUGUAAGGAGAAGGUUGACUUGAAAAAGCUUUUCAGAAACCCUUGGGAGAAACCGCAUUUACUUUAUGGUCAACUUCUUGACUGGAUAAGAUAUCUAAUAGCAUGGCAACCACUGAUUCUAUUUUUCGUUCAAGGCGUCAACUACGUUUUAGGCCUUGAAUAA